CUAUGUGCUCAGGUGGAGAGUCAACACGCAGCAAUUACUGAACACUUAACCUGCUGCAAAACAUGAGCUCAGCCCGCGUAGUGACAAAAACAUUACACUGCUGGAUCAUCAGUGGGCGGAUGAGAAGUCAGACGUUCACUCUCUCAGAUGAUAAGGCUGACUGCUCCUGGACGUACCGCCCCGAUGUGAUGUCAAACACUUAAGGGUGUCAGGGAUCUGAGCUCCACAUUUUCCCCAAAGCCGUCAGAGCUUUCCGGGGAACUGCAGGCGUCGUACUGAUCCAGACGAGACAAGGAUUUUCAACAAUGAUGGAGUCAAUGACUACUUCUCCUUACUAUCACAGCAAUUUAACUGAUAUAACCAACAAUGAUUCCUUGUAUGACGAUUAUGACUACAAUGAUGAUCAUAACUACAAGGAUGAGCCCACUGAACUGAGGCAGUCCCUCAACAUCAUGUCUCUCAUCGUCUACUCACUGGCCUUUGUGCUGGGCGUUCUUGGGAAUGGAGUGGUUAUCUGGGUGACUGGAUUCAAGAUGAAAAAAACAGUCAACACGGUUUGGUUCCUCAACUUGGCCAUGGCUGACUUCCUCUUCACUGCCUUCCUGCCUCUGAGUGUGACAUACACAGCUAUGGACUUCCACUGGCCGUUUGGCAAGUUCAUGUGCAAACUGAACACCACCAUCAGCUUCCUGAAUAUGUUUGCCAGCGUCUACAUUCUGGUGGUGAUCAGCGUGGACAGAUGCGUGUCUGUUGUGUGGCCCGUCUGGUCGCAGAACCACAGGAAUGUACGGAAGGCCUCCUAUGUCAGUCUGUGCGUUUGGGCAUUGGCUUUAAUCCUUAGCGCUCCAUAUUUUGUCUUCAGGGACACAGGGCCGUCAUACGAGAAUGAGAACAUCAUCAACUGCUUCAACAACUUUGCUCUGUCUGACGACAGUGAAAAUAGAUCUGUGGCUGAACUGCAACUUUUCCGCCACAAGGUCAUGAGCAUUACCCGAUUCCUCCUGGGUUUCGUCAUCCCCUUCAGCGUCAUCGUCUCCUGCUACGCCGUCAUAAUACACCACCUCAGACGGAACCGCACACUGGCCAGCCAGUCCAGUCGCCCUAUCAAGAUAAUUGCCGCCAUCAUUAUCACGUUUUUCCUGUGCUGGGCUCCCUUUCACAUCCUGGGUCUGAUUGAACUAGUGAGCCACAUUAUUAAUCAUGAAACAUUGAUCCACAUCAUCAUGAUUGGAGUCCCGAUUGCCACAAGCCUGGCCUUUCUCAACAGCUGCCUGAACCCGCUGCUCUACGUGUUCAUGGGCCAGGACUUCAAAGAUAAAGUUCGCAAAUCCAUCCUGAAGGUGCUGGAGAACGCUUUCCAGGAGGAGGUGUCCCGCUCUUGCACCUACACAACCUCAAUGGUCAACAUUCGGAGCAAAGAUAAGUCGGUCUCUGAUGCUGAGAUACUGUAAACCCUAUGAAGGUGGAGGCAUUUGGAAAAGGACUUUAAAAUCCUCCAGAUUUUUUUCAACUUAAAAAUGUUGUGUUAGUAAAAAUUAUUAGAAAUAGGAAAUUAGAAAAUUAUAUACAAUGAUGAUUAUGUUACUGUGGUAUAUGUAAUAUGUUAAACACCUCAAACCUCUGCAUAGAAGUUUGAUUCAUAUGUCAACAUUGUCAUUUUUAGAGGUCUUUUUCAACGCCUGUGUGUUAGUGGUAAAUGUUGAACUGAUUGCCUCAUGCCUGAUGACGAUUCAUCACCACUUGAGUGCAAAAACGGUAAUUUACUGUUGAGUUGUAAUUGAAAGUUAUCAGCGUAGAUGGUACAUACACAUAACCUGUCACAUGAAGGAGUAAUCACACAGCAAACCUAAACACCUGUAAACGCCACUAGGUGGUGCUAUUUUAUGUGAAUAAAUCAGCAAGCAGUCAAAGCAGUCUAUGGGGGAUUGUUUCACACUCAAAAAUUAACAGUUGUAUGUAAUAAGUUCUUUCAGUUUUAUGCUCUCUCUUUAUGAUGUGUUGGUUUUUUUUAAAUAAUUUAUAUUAUUGUUGGGCUUUGUUACAUUUAAAUGUUUCAUAAAAGUGAGCUGAAAACAAC